AUGGCCAUGAACAACACGAGUGUGCCGUCGGUCUCGCCGCUCAGCCAAACCACGCUCAACAUUGUGAUGUUCCUCAACAGCAAGGUGCUCCUGCUGCAGAUCAUCUUCGGCUGCGGCGGCAACAUCCUCAACCUUAUCGUGCUAUUGAGCCGAGCGAUGCGCAGUCGAACCAACCUCAUUUUCGCGGCGAUGGCGUUCGCCGAUCUCUUCUUCCUGGUCCUUCACAUUCCCUCGGUGCUCUUCUUCAUCGGCACAAUCCGCGACUCGGCCUGGUAUCGAAAUGGUUUCUCGCAAGUGAUCGCCGGAAUGCUCAACUGGUCGUCGGCGGUCUCCAUCUGGUACAUGAUGUACGCGACGAUCGAGCGGGUCCAAGUGUUCCGCAGCCCGUUCCGCACCUCCAAACGCUCCGCGUCCACCCGCUUCUUCCUGACGCUCCUUGCCAUCGCCAUCUUCUGCCUUCUGCUCACCAUCAUUCACUUCUUCCAUCCGAGAACUCGCUCGGCAAACAAGUAUGCUCGCUAUGUAGUGGUAAGUUCAAAAAACUAACGGCUUCUUCCGAUUCUCCUACACUUUCAGUACAUCCACAUGAUCUUCGUGGUCAUCAUUCCGAUGCUCCUCUCCUCCACUCUCAACGCGUUGCUCGUUUGUGCGCUUCGAAAAAACUCGAUGCCGCUGCGGAUGCUCAACGAUUCGCACGUGCACAAAAGUCUCAUUGUGCAGAGGACGCGAACGGAGCGGAAGGUCACCGCGAUGGUUACCGUCAUUCUGAGCUCUUUCAUCGCUUGCAACGCGCCGGGAGCCUUCGUGUUUGUCAUGAAAGAGCGAGACGAGAAGUUUGACGAUGUGAGUCUCUCCGCCGUUGCAACAAUCUGCUCAGUGCUCCCAAUUACAGAGCCGUCGACACAUCCUGAUGCAGGCCGUGUGCAACUCGCUCGCCGUCACCGGAAAGGUCCUCAACUUCCUGCUCUUCUGCCUCUCCUCGGAGCACUUUCGUGCUUUGCUCAAGAAGCGACUGUGCUAUCUGUUCCACCUGCACCACGACUCGCGCCGCCACAACAUGAGCACGACGGCGACGAAGACGUUCAGCGUGCCGCUCAACGACUUGUGA